UAUAUAAGUACUCAAAAGUCUCCCUAAAGUAUGUUCAGAGAGAGAGAGAGAUCAUUUUCUUGGCUUCAAAGGCUUUGAAAAUGGUGAAUGAGUAAUUAGAUUGUCUUACAAAUACUGUUGAUAUAGUAUAUUUUUGUUGGAUUGGAUAUGGGGUUAGAUUUGUUCCAAUGGACAAAACCAAAAUAUAAGAACACUCAAAUGUGUUUUGUUGAUGCAAGAAGACAACACAAAUGUGGAGAAAAACACACAAACACAAACAUGGAUUUUAACUCCCCAGUUAUCUCCCUCCUCCUUCAUUUUCUUCUCCUUGUUUCUUUGGUUUGUCAUGUCUAUUCUUCAGAAACAAGUGGCCAAAAUCAAACUUUUCUACCAAAUGAAGAGUUUCACAAGUUGAAGAGGACCAUAAAAAUGCAUCUUCGACGAAUCAACAAGCCUGGUGUUAAGACAAUUCAGAGUCCUGAUGGUGAUAUCAUAGAUUGUGUUGUAUCUCAUAAACAACCGGCUUUUGAUCAUCCUACGUUGAGAGGACAAAAACCAUUGGAUCCUCCAGAAAGACCAAGAGAGCAUAAGCAAAUGGGCAUUGAAGAUUAUAACUUUCAAUUGUGGAGUUUUUCAGGUGAAUCAUGUCCAGAAGGAACAAUUCCGAUUAGAAGAAUAAAAGAAGGUGAUAUGUUAAGAGCUUGCUCUAUUAACACAUUUGGAAGAAAAUUGAAACGUGUGAGAAUGGACACCACCGGCGAUGGACAUGAGCAUGCAGUUGGAUAUGUGAGUGGGGAUGAGUAUUAUGGAGCAAAAGCUAGCAUAAAUGUGUGGGUCCCACAAGUGGAAAGUCCAUAUGAAUUCAGCUUAUCUCAAAUAUGGAUCAUCUCUGGUUCAUUUGGAGAAGAUCUCAAUACUAUUGAAGCUGGUUGGCAGGUCAGCCCAGAGCUCUAUGGGGAUAGCUACCCUAGAUUCUUUACUUAUUGGACGACUGAUGCAUAUCAAGGAACUGGAUGCUACAAUUUACUUUGCUCUGGCUUUGUUCAAACUAGCAGUAAUAUUGCAAUUGGAGCAGCAAUUUCUCCAACUUCUACAUAUAAUGGAGGCCAAUUUGAUAUUAGCUUAAUGAUCUGGAAGGAUCCAAAGCAUGGGAAUUGGUGGCUUGAAUAUGGAUCUGGAAACUUAAUUGGAUAUUGGCCAUCCUCCCUAUUCACACACUUAAAGGACAGUGCAACUAUGGUUCAAUUUGGAGGAGAAAUAGUGAAUACAAUGUCAACAGGGGCUCACACAUCAACCCAAAUGGGUAGUGGACAUUUUGCUGAAGAGGGUUUUGCAAAAGCUGCAUACUUUAGGAAUAUGCAAGUUGUGGAUUCUGAUAACAGCUUGAUUCCCUUGCCAAAUCUCAAUGUUGUAGCUAACCGUCCAAAUUGUUAUAAUAUACAAGAAGGGACUAAUAAUGGGUGGGGAAAUUACUUUUACUAUGGUGGUCCUGGUAGGAAUGUAAAAUGUCCCUGAGAAAAUGAAUAAUACAUAAUUAUAAUUAUAAAGGUAAACAUUUUUUUGAAAAAA